AAUCUUUUUUAAAAAAUUAAAGUUAUUAAGAAUUAUUAAACAAGAGAAAAUAGAAUAAAGACAAUAAAAAUUAAUAAAAAGAAUAGCACUUGAUAAAGAGCUCAUUUUUUCAGAAAUAUAAUAGAUGUUAAAAAUAGACACAUUUCUGGCAAAGAAAAAAAAGGAUAUCCUCUUAGAUGUCUCAUAAUUCAAACUUAAUUUCAUGAAAUCUCUAAUUUUUCCUGAAAUACUUCUCUCUUCACUAGUCAUAUCUCAAUUAAUUAUGCCAUCAUCUAAGUUUAAAACCCAGGAGUUACCCUUAACCUCCACCUCUCUCAUUCCCCACAUUUAAUCCAAUAUCAGAAUAUGUGCUUUUUCUUUCUGUAGUGGACAGCUAUGGUAUUAUCUCAACAUUCUCAUCUUUUCUCUCGAAAACUGCCCCCCACCCCAUCCCAUUCUUACUCAGAAGUACCUUUUCUUUUUCUUUCAUUUUUUUCUUCUUCUCACUUUUGUUUGCUAUUUUCCCCUCAGGUACAGAGAUUUGAGGCAAUCAUAUCUGGUUCACCCUUUCAUCAACAAGUCCUUUCUUGUUUAUCUUUUAUUCUUUAAGUUAUUCAUGUUCCUUCCCUCCCUUCUUAGGUAGCCAUUCUAAUUGUGUUUAAUAUAUGUCAUUGGAUAUAUAUGUAUCUUUGAAUAAUAUAUUGUAUCAUUUUAUGUAUGUGUUUUAAAUGUAUAUAAUUGAUACUGUGUUAUAAAAAUCAUUCUGUUUCUUUUUCAUGUUCCUGUAAAUACUUGUAACUGUUGCAUAGUAUUGUCAAAUGAUCUCACACCCUUGGCCACUGGUCCUGGGCCAAGAUGUGCCAAUCAGAAUCCUUAUCCAGGAUUUUUGAACUGAAACUAAGGGGAAAAAAAUCCUUUCCUGUGUGGAAGCCAUAAAAUGUAAAACAGGAGCUGUCAACAGCCAAAUGUCCUGCCAUGUGGAACCAGCUGGUCUGCAAUGAAAAAGAAUGAAGCCAACAUGCAAAAAAACAGCAGAGAGACACAAAGAGGGAGAGGGAGCUUCCCGCCAAGCAGGGGGCUCAAUUCCAGGACCCUGGCAUCAUGACCCAAGCCAAAGACAGACGCUUGGCAACUGAGCCACACAAGUGCCCCCAACAAAUCAUCUUUAUUUGCAGAUAGUGUGGUUGGUUGGAGAGUGAACUAUAAAACUAUUAGAUCUAACAAGAACCAUGUGUGCUCAGUACUGCAUCUCUUUUGCUGAUGUUGAAAAAGCUCAUGUGAACAUUCAAGAUUUUAUUCACCUCACACCAGUGCUAACAAGUUUCAUUUUCAACCAAGUAACAGGGCGCAAUCUUUUCUUCAAAUGUGAACUAUUCCAGAAAACUGGAUCUUUUAAGAUUCGCGGUGCCCUUAAUGCAGUCAAAGGCUUGACUCCUGCCACCUCAGAAGAGAAGCCCAAAGCCGUGGUUACUCACAGCAGUGGAAACCAUGGCCAGGCUCUCGCCUAUGCUGCUAAAUUAGAAGGAAUUCCUGCUUAUAUUGUGGUGCCCGAAACAGCUCCCAAUUGUAAAAAAUUGGCAAUACAAGCCUAUGGAGCCUCCAUAGUGUACAGUGAACAGAGUGAUGAGUCCAGAGAAAAUGUUACCAGAAGAAUUAUGGAAGAAACAGAAGGCAUCAUGGUACAUCCCAACCAGGAGCCUGCAGUGAUUGCUGGGCAAGGGACAAUUGCCAUGGAAGUACUAAACCAGGUACCCUUGGUAGAUGCACUGGUGGUACCUGUAGGAGGAGGAGGAAUGGUUGCUGGAAUAGCAAUUACAGUUAAGGCUCUGAGACCUAGUGUGAAGAUAUAUGCUGCUGAACCCUUGAAUGCAGAUGACUGCUACCAGUCCAAGCUGAAAGGGGAACUGACUCCCAAUCCCUAUCCUCCAGAAACCAUAGCAGAUGGUGUCAAAUCCAGCAUUGGCUUAAACACCUGGCCUAUUAUAAGGGACCUUGUCGAUGAUGUCUUCACAGUCACAGAGGAAGAAAUUAAGUAUGCAACCCAGCUGGUGUGGGAGAGGAUGAAACUGCUUAUUGAACCUACAGCUGGUGUUGCAGUGGCCGCUGUCCUGUCUCAGCAUUUUCAAACAGUUUCCCCAGAAGUAAAGAACAUUUGUAUUGUACUCAGUGGUGGAAAUGUAGACCUAACCUCCCUAACUUGGGUGAAGCAGGCUGAAAGGCCAGCUCCUUAUCAAUCUGUUUCUGUUUAG